AAUAUGUCGUAUGUCGGUGCAGCGCAGACUUAAUUGGCGGAGGCGGCGAGAUAUGGGCGCAGGCGCAAGGUCACAGGGCUGCCACACGAGACUAACUUCCUCAGGGCAUCCGCUAGCUGACGCAGGUGCAAGCAAGAGGGUGCCACUGUCGUCCGGCCUCACUGAGGAGAAGAUGGAGGAGUUCUUCCACUUCUGGCGCGACGACUUCAAGUUCGAGCACCGCGAGCUGGGCUGCGCCAUCCAGUGCAUGUCCAGGCACUUCAACCUGCUCACAGAUGGAGAGAGGAUGCACCAUGAGAACACGGAUAAGUUCAUCAAGUCUUUCCCUAACGGUGAGGUGCUCUCCCAAAAGAUGGUGACCCUGAUCCACUCGUGCGAGCAGAAGUUCGACGACAUGGACGACCACUGCUGGCGCAUCCUGCGCAUCGCCGAGUGCUUCAAGAGCAGCUGCCAGGAGCUCGGCAUCGCGCCCACCAUGGAGAUGAUGAUGGCCGAGUUCAUCAUGGAGUCAGAGACCUGAAGACCGACACUAUUCACACAUCCUACAUUUUUAAAUUGCAAACGGGACUUAAUCGCAUAUUACUAUAUUUUUGUUUUGUUAGUAUUUAAAACAUAGUAAUACGCGAUGAAGUCCCGUUUGCAAUUUUAAAUACGUGUAAACAUCAUGAAAGUUUAAAUCAGUGUAUACAUUUUCUAGCAAUGUUGGUGAUCGCGUGAAAGGCAUUUGAGUGCGUUAGUCUAUUCUGUAGGCACUUUUAGGUAAUUAAAAAAAUAGCCGACCAGUUACAAAACCAAGCGGAUCUGUCGCUGAGUGACCUGCUUCUAAGCUCGUUAUUUGGUCGUGUAAUCUUUUUUUUUUACCCUCAACUGGUUUAGGAAGCCGUUUGAGGGUAGAUUCUAAAGAUACAGACUGUGGCUGAAAGAGUUCAUUGGGAAUAAUAAUGUUAAUAAAAAUAUAAAGAAUAUAUAAAGUCCUUUGUUUCGACCAUGAGGUGCCGAAAUUGCUAGAAAAUGUAUAUGAUGUUUGUUUACAUCCUUCGGAUACCGCAAUAGUUAUAUUCCGAGCUAUUCGUUUUGAUGGGACCGAGUGUGCAGCUUGACCUACUGUUAUUUAAGCGUCACAAUUUAAUAAGCUAUUAUUGGCCCAAAUUUCAGUUUGAUAGGUCACUGAGAUUCUCCGGCGGUCUGCGGACAGGCGGAUGGACGGACGGAUAGACAGACAUGGCGAAACUAUAUAAGGGUUGCUAGUAGACUACGGAACCCUAAAAAGAACAAAACAAAAUGCUUUGAACGAGAUACAGCUAUUGCGACGGUUUUUAUUAACGACAACAAUGCUUAUUAGAUAAUGGACAAUGAUCAAAUGUAAUAACUAUACCAAUCAUUUUGGUAUUUUUUUUAUUUUAAUGUAUUUUGCAAGAGGCAAUGCUACUAGUUUAAAUUUUCGUACAGUAUAUUAGGCAUUUGACCAAUGCUAUUAUUAAUAUUGUACAAUUUAUAGUUUUAUUAUUUAAGGAAUAAAGCGCAUUUUUCUGCGCAGCGACACGGCAACGACUUGGUACUGUUACACAUAAGUUGUCUAUUCAGAGACAGAUAAAA